UCGUCUUUUCCUAUUUAGUCGAUUUUAAUCUGUUUCCUUUUCCGCCCACCAUCUUUGUUUCUUUCGCUUGUCAGACUUGGCUGAUAAGAAGCCUCAAAAUGCAGCUGCACAUCAGAGGACAGUCGACGCACGUCUUAGACGUUGAAGGCCAGGAGACUAUUGGCCAAAUCAAGGAGCGCAUCCGCGUCCUUGCUGAGGUCGGUGCUGAGGAGCUGACUCUGUCGCUCUGCGGUGCCCCAGUUGACGAUGCUUGCCUUGUAUCUGAACUGUCAUCAUACGAGCUUGACCUCACAGUCCCACUGCUCGGUGGUAAAGUGCACGGAUCCCUGGCUCGUGCCGGUAAGGUCAAAGGACAGACCCCCAAAGUAGAGAAACAACAGAAAAAGAAGAAGAAGACCGGACGUGCCAAGCGUAGGGUCCAGUACAACAGACGCUUCGUGAAUGUUGUGCAGACAUUCGGCCGCAGACGUGGACCCAACUCCAACUCGUAGGUUUAUACUUUGUAAAUAAAAUGCAAAUAUAACAUCUUUUGCGCCAA